AUGUCGCGAGGAAGGUCUCUCUUGCUGGCCACCUCUCCGAACGUGAUUCCAUCUCCCUUUGGCGGCCCCGAUGACCGCAGCCUGCCGUAUCCUUCACUGGACCCUCGGUACGCUGAACUCGCCGGGCCUUCGCAGCCCACGCUGGUGCAGGUGACGCGAUACCACAUGCGUCUCGAUGACGGCAAGACCGCCACGAAUACGGCGACGCUUCGUGACUACGACUUACUCUCUGUGCACGUCGGCUGCGACAAGGCACUCCAGAUCGCCUGCACCGAUCUCGCCAACCCAGGUCCUAACCAGAUCCGCCAGGCGCAGCGCAACGGCGUCGUUAUUCCGUACGCUGCUGGCCUGUUCCCGUCCAAGUCUGUACCGUCCGACAUCGCGCGGCGAUACCGCCAGAACUUCCUGACGAACGCGCGCGAGCUCGUCCGUGUCACCGGAGGGAAGGACAUCAUCUUCACCUCAGGUCCCGGGGGCGCUCCGGAUGGCAUUCGCGGACCGCUGGACGUUGUCAACUUUGCCACCAUUCUCGGCGUACCUGCGAAUCUCGCGAAGGACGCAGUGUCGCGGACGCCCAAGGCCGUGCUGCUCAGAGCCCAGGCCCGAAGGACGUACAAGGCCGUUGUGUCUGCUCCUCGACUUGUUCCCGGACCCGGAGAAGCUGCUGAGGAGCAGAAUGAGACAAAGGCUGUGAAGGACACUACAGCCACGGAAGGCGAGCCGAAUGGAAACAAGGCGGACGGCAAGCAGAAGCGGCCCGGAGAUCCCGCCGGCGGUGUCAAGAAGAAGACGAAGAAGUAG